AUGCCGAGCGCAGUCGGCGCCUACAGGGCCCCUGCCAGGCCAGGCCAGGCCGGCCCGGAGCCGCGGGGGCUGCAGCUGUCCCCCAGCCUGCACCAGCAGGGGCGGCCGCGCGGGGAAGCGCCGGCUCCAGUCCGCGACGCUGCUUCAGCACCGGGAGGGAGGGAGGAACCGUGCCCCGAGCUGGAGCCUGGAUGUCCCCCUCCCGCCCCUGAGGAGGCGGCGGACGGCUGUCCAGGGGCAGGGCAGGACAGGGGCACCGUCCGGCGGAGGAGGGCCGACGUGCGGAGCCGGCUGCAGACCUGGCGGCAGCGCAGGGCCCUGGGCCACCUGGACCGGCUGCAGGAGGAGAAGGAGCUUUUCGUCCAGGAGACCAGGAGGGAGCUGCAGGCCAGCCGCCAGAGGAUGGAGCGCACCAGGGGGCAGCAGGAGAGGCUGGCGGCCGAGGUGGCCGCAGAGACAGAGGCCAACAACACUGCCGCCGUCGGCCACCUCCGCGCAGUGGCCAGACGCCUGAACGCGGAGCUGGACGAGGAGCAGGCCCUGCAGGCCGGACUGCAGGCCGUGCUGGGGGAGAGCACGGGCGCCCUGUGGCGCCUGGAGGUCCAGAGGGGGCAGCUUGAGGACGUCCGGAAGGCGGCGGAGGGCGAGCGCGCGGCUGCCCAGCGCUGCCUCCGGGACCAGGCGGCCGAGCGGCUCCGCCAGGAGAGAGAGGCCCUGGGCAGGGCAGAGAGAGGCCGGCUGCUGAGAGUCAGGAAGUCCACGGCGCUGCAGAAGCAGCACGGGCUGCGGCACCAGCGGCUGGUGGAGGACGCCCAGCGGGGCCACCGGGCGGCCGUCAGGUUCCUGAAGGCCUCGCUGGGCAGGCGCCUGCCCCCUCCUCCUGUCAGCUGGCCUGGCUGGUCCUGGGGCACUACCCUGUCCGCCAUGUGCAAGGGGCCUGGCGCACUGCCGCGGCUGACCGAGCGCCUCCCCAACGCUGGCCGAGGGGUGACCGGCCAUGCCGGACCCCCUCGUGGGCUGCGGGGCCCGAAGGCCUCGGUCACGGUGACGGCUGCAGCUUCCAGGCCCCUGGGCGGGCCCCUCGUGGGCACCUCCCCGGGCUCCCCACGCAGUCACUGCGCAGUGGCCACGGCGGGCAGCUGGCGGUCUGGUCUCUGCAGCGGGCGCGCGCCGGCCUUGGCCCUGGCCGGUCUCCGUCCCCCUGACCAGCCGCUGCCUGCUCCCCAGCUGCAGAACGAGCCCGCGCCCCCCCAGGCCCCUUGCCUGAUGAGCGUCGUGUCCAGCGAGUCUGUCCACACGCACCCCGAGCUGCUCAGCUCCGACGAGGAGACACUGGCCGAGCCGGAGAUCGCUGGGCUCUGGAGUGAAGGCCGCCAUGGCUGCCAGGUGGCCAAGGAGGACGCGGACCGGAAGCCCGUGGGCGGGACGAAGAUGGACCAGGACAUGCUGGCCCGUGUGGUGCAGCAGCUGCGCAGCGGGGUGGUCCGCAAGCAGGUGGCCUCUGGCCGCGAGUUCAAGGGCCGGGCCUUCAACAGCAAGCCUGAGCUCGUCCACUUCAAGGACUUCGACGUGGGCAAAGUGUACAGGAAGAAGAUCACGCUGGUGAACGCCACCUACAGCAUCAACUACUGCAAGCUGGUGGGCGUGGAGGAGAGCCUGCGCGACUUCAUCCACGUCCACUUUGAGCCCCCGGGGCCCAUGCCCGCCGGGAUGUCCUGCCAGGCGCUGGUCACCUUCAAGCCGGUGUUUGUGGACCUUCAGCCCGGCGACGGCUUCGGGACGAUCCUGCCCCUGGAGACCCUGGCGCUGGACGUCAUCUUCCAGCCCACCAAGGCCAGGGAGCACAGCUUCGAGCUGGUCUGCAAGUCGGAGAUCAACCGGUGCUUCAGGCUGCUGUGCCGUGCAGUGGGCGUCCACCCGCCCCUGGAGCUGUCCCAUCACCAGAUCAAGUUCCCGGCCACGGCCCUGUCCGACACGGCGGUGGCCACGCUCUACGUCAGCAACCCCCACCAGAGCAUGAACUCGCUCACGCACUCCCUGCCCCGCGUGGGCUCGGGGGACGCCUUCCCCGUGGGGCCCACCUCCUUCGAGUUCCUGCUGCCCCCAGACGCGCCCGUCACCAUCUCCCCGGCAGUGGGCACUGUGCUGCCCGGAAAGGCGCGCAAGGACUGGGCCGCCCAGAGGAGGGACCCGCAGAAACUGACCACCUGCAUGCUGCUGCUGCACAGCCAGGAGCAGGACCGAGGGGGCCAGGCCUCCCCCUCCCACGGCCUGGAGCUGCACAGCCCCCCGGAGAGGAGGCCCGAGGGCGAGACUGAGGGCUCUCUGCCGACUUGUUCCAGCUCCGACGAGUACCAGGCUGCGCUGGCCGCCCUGACCCGGUCUUUCAAGGGCAAGUUUGACAAGCUGGUGGUCCCCUGUGUGGUGGCCAGUGGGGACGUGGCAGGCAGGAAGGGCGCAGAGCCCCUGAGCUUCAGCCCCCACAGCACCCUGUACCUGGAGCUGUGGUGUCCGUCUGUGGCGCCGCCCAUCACAGUCGCGUCCAACCAAGGCAGGCCCAUCUCCAACUUCGGGGACAUCGCUGUGGGCACGCAGAACUACAGUGGCCAGAGCGUGUUCAGCGUGGUCCCAGUCGAGGGCGUCAUGGACCCCGGCCGGGCGCAGGACUUCACGGUGACCUUCAGCCCGGACCACGAGAGUCUGUACUUCUCCGACCAGCUGCGCGUCGUGCUCUUCGGCAAGAAAAUCUCCCACCGCAUCCUCCUGAGAGGCGCCGCCCGAGAGCACAUGAUGUUCGUGGAGGGCGGGGACCCCCUGGACGUGCCUGUGGAGUCCCUGGCGGUGACCCCUGCCUUCGACGCGGAGCGCAGAGAAGGUGGGCCUCGAACCGGGCCUCUGUCUCCAGAAACCGAGGAGCUGAAGCCCAUCCUGGUGACCCUGGACUACGUCCAGCUGGACACAGUUGAGCCGGCACCACCCGCCAGCCGAGAGCUGCGGGUUGGCUGCAUCCGCACCACCCAGCUGUCUCCUAAGAAGAUGGUGGAGUUCAGCGUGGACAGCGUGGCCGCCCUGCAGCACAAGGGCUUCACCAUCGAGCCCUCCAAGGGCUUCGUGGAGCGUGGCCAGACCAGGACCAUCAGCAUCUCCUGGGUGCCGCCCGCCGACUUUGACCCGGACCAGCCGCUCACGGCCUCAGCCCUGCUGCAGAUCCGUGGGGACGUGAAGGAGACCUACAAGGUCCUCUUUGUAGCCCAGGUGGUCACCCGCUCCUGAAGCCCGGAGUCUCUCCACCGAGCCCCUCAGGCCCUCCUGCCCACCCUCAAAGUCCUCCCCUCUGGGUGCACAGCCCCUGCUGAGCAGGGGCAGCCCUCCGCGUGGCCCCGGACACAGCUGCUUCCUUCUGGACAUGGCAAGCUAGGGGGGGAGAGCACCCCUCCCUUGGCCCCCACCAGCCCACCCCAGCACCCACACAGCCUUUCAAGCCCCGGGGCAGAGACACCCACAGGCCUACAAAUAA